CCUAUCCUUCAUAAGAUGAGGCUGUGCACACCUUCCGGAUAAGCCUUAGUGAUGUUUUUAAGGAAUUAACAUUAUUUCCAUGUCUUAUUAUUCUUUCCCCCCUUACCCUGCUUCAUAGAUUCCAAGACCAACAAAAUUCGAGAAUGAUUCGGUUUCAUUUUUGUUAGCAAUAAACCGACCCAUUAGAGAGAAAGCAUAUAAUUUUGGUGAUCAUCGGAAGAGGGAAUUAAGGUUGCCGUGGAAGUGGAAAAGGGUAUGUCUGUUAUAGGCGCGUGUUCACAUUUUCUCUGUGGAGAGGUUUACCAGAGAGAUCAACAGUGGCCACAGUGCUUCGCAAGUGGGAGAGGUUAUUUGUAUUCUAACAAGAGUGGUUAUAAUGGGAACAUGUGGGUUGGAAGCAGAAAGAGAGAAGCCAAGAUUAAACGAAGGAAUUUGCGUGUGGAAGCGAUGUGGCCAGAUUUGUCAAGACCAAGCGAGAUAGAGAUGGAAGAAAUCAAUGAUUGUGAACAUCUUGAUCAAAUUCUACUUCAUGCUCAACACAACUCACAACCCAUCCUCAUUGAUUGGAUGGCUACUUGGUGUAGGAAAUGCAUCUAUUUGAAGCCCAAGUUGGAAAAAUUAGCUGCUGAAUAUCACAACAAAGCCAGAUUUUAUUACGUGGAUGUCAAUAAAGUACCUCAAACUCUAGUCAAGCGUGGCAACAUCUCUUUAUGGAAAGAUGGAGAGAUGAAAGCAGAAGUAAUUGGAGGCCAUAAGGCUUGGCUAGUUAUUGAAGAAGUCAGAGAAAUGAUUCAAAAGUUUGUAUGAUACAUCCUUCUGUUUUUAUUUUUUCUUGCUCCUAGCACUCCAAAAAAAAAAAGACAAAAAAGUUACCAUUGAAAAAACUAGUUUUCCGAUGUUUUUACAUUUUCUUUUUCUUUUUUCAUGUUGGCAACAGCAUGUAGCUGUGUAUCAUAUAUAUUAAUGGAAUUGUGUACAAUAAUAGAUGAAAGAAAUUUAAGUGGAAAAGAAAGAUGUUCACUGUU